UGUCUACCGUUCUAAAUUUCUAAUUCACAAACUUCCCCUCAACAUUAGAUAUUUUCUCUCUCUCUGCGCACAGACAGGCCGUUAACUUCCGCAUCUGUGAGUAUGGCAGCAAACCUUAUGCAUGCGGUUCAGUACGAUGGCUAUGGUGGAGGAGCAGCCGGUUUGAAGCAUGUUGAAGUUCCAGUCCCCACUCCGAAGAAGAGUGAGCUGUUGCUAAAACUGGAAGCAACUAGUCUAAAUCCGGUGAAUUGGAAAAUUCAGAAAGGCAUACUGCGGCCUUUUCUACCUCGCAAGUUCCCUCAUAUACCUGGUACUGAUGUGGCAGGAGAGGUUGUAGAGGUUGGACCAGGAGUGAAAAGUUUCAAAGCUGGUGACAAAGUUGUAGCUGCGCUUGGCCAUGAUUAUGCAGGUGGACUAGCUGAGUUUGCUGUGUCUAAGGAGAAGCUUACAGUUGCUAGGCCAGCUGAAGUUUCAGCAGCUGAAGGUGCAGGCUUACCCAUUGCUGGUGUUACAGCUCUCCAGGCGCUCACUGAAUCUGCUGGGAUCAAGCUUGAUGGAAGUGGUCAGCAGGCAAACAUUUUGAUCACUGCUGCCUCAGGUGGUGUGGGUCAAUAUGCGGUUCAACUGGCAAAGCUUGGAAACACACAUGUGACUGCCACUUGUGGGGCACGGAACAUUGAGUUUGUCAAGAGCUUAGGGGCCGAUGAGAUUCUCGACUACAAGACUCCGGACGGGGCAGCUCUGAAGAGCCCGUCUGGUCGAAAGUAUGACUUUGUGAUCCACUGUGCAACUGGCAUUCCUUGGUCAACUUUUGAGCCAAAUCUGAGUGAGAAUGGGAAGGUGUUAGAUUUAACUCCCAGCACAAGUUCCAUGAUGACUUUUGCUGUAAAGAAAAUUACCUUCUCCAAGAAGCAGCUUGUGCCAGUAAUGGCAAAUGUCACUAGUGAAAAACUGGAUUCUCUUGUUAAGUUGGUGAAGGAAGGUAAACUUAAGACUGUAAUUGACUCGAAGCAUUCUCUGAGCAAGGCUGAAGAUGCUUGGGCUAAGAGUAUUGAUGGCCAUGCUACUGGGAAGAUCAUCGUGGAGCCUUUCUAGAUAUAAUAUGCUUGGAAUUGUUAGAUUCCAAUAUGCUUAAAUGAGAGGGUUGUAUCUUAAUUACUGGUACAUAUAAAGUAAAUCUGAGACAUUAGACCUGAUAUUGUAAAUUAUCAAUAUUAUGCGGUGUGUUUAUUGUAGCAUAAAAAUGAGCUACAUAUGUUUAUGUAUA